UGUGACUGAGCAAGGGAAGCAAUAGAGGAGAGAUGAAGGCGUGAAGCGACGGAGCCCUAGCUUCUGUUGUUUAGCUACUGGGGAGUAGAGCCGGAAGAGGAGCGCGUCGGAGGCGGUCAUGUCGUCUCGACGGGAGGGCCGCGAUUCCCACGCCAAACGCCCCCAUUCCCGGUCCGAACGAGAAUCCAGUCCAAAGAAAACAAGAAGAGAUGGAAAACCAGCAACAGAGAGAACGAACCGUGAUUUGUACGCUGACGGCACAGCUGAUCAGGAUCAAAAGCAACGUAGGCGUCUGCAAGAUGUUUUGCCACUUGAGGCCCCUCCAGCAAUUGAAACCAAGUUGCAGCCUGAUAAUGUAAAAAAAGGUUCAGACAGAAAGUUUGAUGAAAUCUCUGAUGGAACGAAACACUCUUCUGACCCAGCUGAAGUGCCACGUUCUCGAUCAUAUUUUCAGCAUGAUGAACGUGGCAGUGCUGGGCAAGGUGGUCGAAGUUACCGCAAAUCAAAUGAUCAUGGAUGGCGGAGUGAUCCGAAGGAGCAAUCUGGUGACAGGGUUAAAGACAAGGCCGAACCAUAUGAUUUGCAGAAAAAAGAUGAGAGGACCCGAGCACGUGCAAUUGAAAAUAAUGAAUGGAAACAUGAUGGAUUCUUUGAACUGGAGGCUGAGAAACCACCUGCUCGGAAAAGACCGGCAUUCAGGGAACAGAAGAUGCCGGCGGAAUCAGAAUCUGCAGCAGCUGAAGCAGCGCUAGAAUCAAGGUUACCUCGUCGUGAUCAACCUGUUUCAGGUUCUUCAAGGAGGGAAGAAAGGGGUGGUAAUUAUUCUCGUGGACUGGAUAAGCCUGAAAGACCAUUCAACAGAGAUGAUGAGAGAAAUGAUAGGAGGGGAGAUGUGCAUAGAGCUGGCUAUCAAUCUAGGGAUAGGUUUGGUGGCAGGGGCAUGAGGGGGAGGGAAAGGUUUAGUGGAAGGUAUGGCGAGGGAAGCACCUACCGCCAAGGUGGUUUUCAAGUAGAAAAAUGGAAGCAUGAUUUGUUUGACGAAGCAAAUAGGAGCCCAACUCCAAAGAACGAGGAAGAGCAGAUUGCGAAGGUUGAAGCACUGUUAGCAUUGUAGUGCUUGUUUGUGUUAGGUUGAUGGAUUGAUGGUGUGCCUAAUGUUCCUUGUAGAAGUUGACAAGCUAAACUGGGUGCCUGGCCUACUCGAUGUUGCCUGUUCAUUCUCUCAAGUAAUGUGAUAAUGAUCUUAAGUUUAAUGCUUCUAGCCUCUCCAAAAGAAAAAUCAUCUUCAUUUUUCUUGAAACAGUUUCUAAAGAGGCCACUUCUGUUACUAGAAGAGUUGAUUGUUUUGAACUGUUGAUGUUUUGUUGAUUUUGCUUAUCAUGUGA